AUGGACCUCGAUAUUAUGAUGAAGAGGAAGAAGAGGACUGCACGAGGUCGACCGAGGAUCGGGUGGGGAGCCUUGACUAAGGAUAAAGCUCAGGAGUUGGAAGGGAGGCUAUCGGCUGUGGGAGCCUGGAGGAGUAGUGAGGACGCGAGAAUUAUGUGGUCCACAACAGCAGAUUAUAUAUGGGAGGCAGCGAGAGAGGUAUGGGGAGUCUCGAAGGGUUUCGCUGGCGGGCACAAAGGCGACUGGUGGUGGAAUGAAGUGGUCCAAGGUAAAGUGGAAGCAAAGAAGGCGGCAUACCUGAAGCUAGUAGGGAGCACAUGCGAGGUUGAGAAGAGUGCGAAUAGGGAGAGGUAUAAAGUAGCUAGGAAGGAGGCAAAACUGGUGGUCACAGAGGCUAAGACUGCGGCUUUUAGUCGUCUGUACGAGGAUCUAGGGGCCAAAGGCGGGGAGAAGAAGUUAUUCCAGCUGGCUAAGGCGAGGGAGAGGAAGGCUCGGGAUCUGGACCAAGUGAGGUGCAUCAGAGACGAGGGCGGGGAUCAGGAUAUUGUGCUAGGAGAGUUGGGGCAUUCUGAUAGCCAUCGCGAUUUUGGGUACUGUAGGCGCGUCAAGGUUGGGGAGGUCAUGGGAGCUAUGCGUAAGAUGAGCAGGGACAGAGGUACCGCGCCCGACGAGAUCCCGGUAGAAUUUUGGAGGUGUGUGGGUAGAGCAGGUUUGGAGUGGCUGACAGGGUUAUUUAAUGUUAUUUUCAAUAUGAAGAAGAUGUCGGACGAGUAG